CUCGAGGAGAACCAUCCAAUGGAAGGUGGAGGACGAGGUUGAAGGGAAGAAUGCAGAUCGACUUAUGGUGAAGGAGAAGCGGUCCUCCUACAGAUGUGGGGAGCAGAGUCGGCCUUCCACAAGGCCCACAGGGAGGAACCAAAUUCAGUCAAUAGAUGUGAGGCGGAGGAAGACGAGCUCACCGAGGAAGAGAAGCUUUAUCUGGAGAAGAAGAAAGCGGAAUGGUCGAAGGCAAAGGUGUCGGCAAGAAAGGAGAAGCGGAGAGUUUCUGCGUAUGGGGCAGGUGCGAGGAAUGCUUUUUACCCACUAGCCUCUAAUAGAUGGGUGGAAGUGAUGAGCAAAGUGUUGAAAGGCAAGAUCUGGACAUUGGAGACGUAUAAUUUCUUGGCGCCAAUCGAUGUAAGAGGAUACACAUUGCUAGCAGCUAUUUUCCAGGACGAGGUCAGGGAAUGCUUUGACCGAGCGAUGAACAUGGUCAUGGCGCCCCCUGAUGUGAGGUUCCCCUUCCAUGGUGAUGGAGUGUGUCUCCCUCAUAUGAGCAUCAUGGAUGGCACUAAAUGCACAUCUUUCGAUCCGAUGGUUUCCACCAAAGGUCCCAAGCCACCGCAGAACCCUGCUCCUCUGCCGGAGCUAAAACGAAUAUGGAACGUUGGGAGGUUGUACGUGAAGUGCAAGUGCGUCAUCUCAGGGAGGGAAGAUUGUGGAAAAGGACCUGCGUGGUUUGACCACCUCCUCUGGUAUAUCUUCGGAGACCCGGACAUUAUGUUUCCGGAUGCUCCCACGCUGAAGGCCAAGGUGAGACUGAUGUUAGAACUGCUUGAAGGAAGCUGGAGGUCUCUGGUGCUGGCAUCAACCACAUUCGGCUACAUGCGAGAGGCCAUGAUGGUUUUAGCGAAGAAGCUAGUGGCGGACCCCACUCUCACCGUUGAGAGCAUCCUGACGGGCAUAGUAGGCGCGGACAGCAAACUAUUCAAAGAGUCGGCCAAACUGUUGAUGCCUGCCAAGUACUUGAAGAAGAGAUCGAGAGCUGAUGUUGUAGCGUCAUCCUCCAAGCGGCUUCGGGAGGAAGCACAAACGUCCAUGGAUGCGUUUGUGCAGGUUCCCUCUCAGGGAACUCCACUCAGUGGGCAGUGUGAGAUGGAUGUAGAAUCCUCACCUCCUAGCUCUGCGGUGACAACAGUUGUCGGACAGAGGGUGGGAGGCCCCCCUGGACUCCGUAGGGGUACGGAGGGGUCGGAUAGUACAUGGCGCAUCAGGUAGAUUGCGUUGGGAGAAGAUUGAAGACCCAUCGAUGAAGGACAGGAAGUUUGUCCAUAUCCACUAUGUAGGCCGUGUCAUGGAAAGGAUUAGGAUUCAAUAGCUAUUCAGAGAAGUCCUGAUCAUGUUCGUUAACGUAUCUAUCCUAUCUGUAUUUACUCAGAUUGCGUAUGGAUGGACGUAUGACAAGCCCAUUUCGUCUGUUGUGUAUCAACCAGCCAAGAUUUUCAAGUGGUUUGACCUGGAUGAUUGGUAUGAGUCGAUGACUAGCUUAGGGAGACGUCCCUGCACAACGAAGAGGUUUGAGAUUUUUUUGAGUGAUGCAACAAAGAGCUUUUCUCAAC